AUGCCCGACCUCAGCGACCGCGAGCGUGAGCGCGACCCCUCUCGCCGCCGUCCACACGGCGACGAGCCCAGAAGACGAAGACGGGAAUCGCAUGGCGGCAGCGCAGAGCCCGAGCGACGACGGCAGAGCCUGGAUCCCGAGCGCAGGCGCAAAAGGGAGUCGCGGGCUGAGCCGAUGAUAAACACAAAUAUAGACACGAACACGGUGCACAACCACGACGGGCGCCGCAGGAACGGACACCGGCCUACUGAUUCGUCGGGCGAGUUAUUGCCCAAGCCUGAGAGGCAGGCGCGAGCGAAACAGAGGUCGCCGUCUCGACCGUCUAGGAGAGAAUAUGCGCGCCGUCAUGAUGCGAAUGAGACGGGCGAGGAAGAGCUACCUGCGCCACCGCGGCGGAAUCGCCAGAGUAGCCGGCGCAAUAGCGCGACCGGUAAAUCGGGUAGUAGGAGUCGGAGCAGCGCACCGCUCAGUCUGGAUGCCCUGGCGAAGCUGGACAAGUCAAAUGCGAAGAAAGCGGGAGGGUGGGGCACCUAUGAUUACGAUGACGAGUAUCUGAAGGAGGUGAGGCGCAAGGAGAAGGAGUUGGAGAAGAGGAGGGUCAAGGAGGAGAGGGAGAGAAAGAGGGAGGAGUUGAGGAUUGGGGAGAGGGAGGCUAAUCGGAGGGCGAAGGAGAGGGAGAUGGAGAGGCUGGACGAGGAGAAGACGAGGAAGAGGAAAGAGGAGAGGAGGACGGCUGCGGCUGCGGCUGCGGCUCUUAGUGGUGGAGAGGGUAAGAGAAGGAGUGCACACGCGGAUGAUGAGAGGGAGGAGAGGAGACAAAGAAGAGAAGCAGAGUAUACGCCUAGUGAAGCCGAGGCCAAGAAAGAAAGGAGACGGCAGGAGAAACAGCGUCGAACGGAGAUGAAGAGACGACGCGUCAUCAGCGGCCCUUUGGCAGAAGAAGGCGCCAUCGACGGCGACGAAUAUCAGUAUAUGAUGGAGAAACGAGGUGGAAGCGGUGGGCCACCGACCGUCUACUCGGCAGAAGAGUUGGCAAAGAGGAAGAAGUGGAAGAAGAUCAUCAUUGGCGUCCUGUCUGUUUUGAUCAUCCUAGCCAUCAUCAUACCCGUCGCAGUCAUGCUCUCCAACAAAUCGAGCAACGACAACAACGGCGGCUCCAACUCCGCCCCUGCGAGUGUCAACGAACCCAAAACCUCCAAUCUAGACGGGCACGACCGCAACAGCGUCCCUGAGGCAGAUCGUGGUGGCAUUCUCGAUCCCUGGUCCUGGUUCGACACGGAAGACUUCAACAUCACAUAUACCAACGAGCUUGUCGGCGGGCUUCCCAUCAUUGGACUGAACAUGACGUGGGACGACGAAGUCCAAGCCAAUCCGUCUGUCCCUAAGCUCAGCGACCCUUUUGAAUACGGCAAGAUGCCCAUCCGCGGCGUCAACGUAGGAGGCUGGCUAAACAUUGAACCAUUCAUCACGCCCUCGUACUUUGAAAACUUUGGCUCCCGCGACGGCGUGGUCGACGAGUGGACAUUGAUGACGAAACUCGGGCCGGCAAAAGCGAGGAGUACAUUGGAACAGCACUACAGCACCUUCAUCACCAAAAAUACAUUCAAGGAGAUAAGAGACGCAGGCAUGGACCACGUCCGCUUCCCCUUUGGCUACUGGAUGGUGCAAACCUACGACGACGAUCCCUAUCUACCCCAAGUCUCCUGGCGCUAUCUCCUCCGCGGCAUCGAGUACUGCCGCCAAAACGGGCUGCGCGUGAACCUCGAUCUCCACGGCGCACCCGGGUCUCAAAACGGGUGGAACCAUUCCGGCCGCCAGGGCUCCAUCCGCUGGUUGAACGGGACAGAUGGAGAGAAGAACGGGCAGCGCACACUAGACAUCCACCACCAACUCUCCGUUUUCUUCGCCCAACCCCGCUACGCCAAUCUCGUCACCAUGUACGGCCUCGUCAACGAACCGCGCAACGUUGAACUCGACACCGAAGUAGUAGUCUCAUGGACGGAAAAAGCAGUCUCCCAGAUCCGCAAAGACGGCAUCAAAGGCGUCAUCGUCUUCGGCGACGGCUUCAUGGGCCUCGACAACUGGCAAGGCAAACUACAAAAUAUCGACAACCUCCUACUCGACGUACACCAAUACGUCGUCUUCAACAUCGACCAGCUCAGCCUCAAACCCCGCGAUAAACUCAACUUUGCCUGCUCGGCAUGGACCCAACAGUCGCGCCGCAGCAUGGACAGGACCACCGGUUUCGGACCCACAAUGUGCGGCGAGUGGAGCCAGGCAGACUCGGACUGCACCACCUUCAUCAACAACGUAGCCACUGGCACCCGCUGGGAAGGCACCUUUGACACGGGCAACGCAAGCACAUCCAUCCUCUCCCCCCAAUGUCCCCUCAAAUCCUCCCAAUGCUCCUGCGACACCCCCAACGCCGACCCCCGCGACUACCACCCCGAGUACAAGAAAUUCCUCUACCAGUUCGCCAUUGCCCAGAUGGACGCCUUCGAGGCCGGCUGGGGCUGGUUCUAUUGGACUUGGGAGACGGAGCGCGCGACGCAGUGGAGUUAUCGGCGUGGGAGGGAGGCGGGUAUUUUGCCGCAGACGGCGUUUGAGCGUGAUUGGAAGUGUCCGCGGGAUCCGCGCGAUUUGGAUAGUUUUGAGGGGAUUUAG